UUUUAUUUUUGUUUAAUGCCGGUAGCAGUUUUCCAAACGUUACUCACCUCACCUAUUCGUGAUUUUUCAUGUAAUAAAAAUAAGUGGUUGACUUCGUUUGUGAAUAAAGAAUUGUUUCCUCUCAUAAGACAUGUCGACCGAUUUAGAAAAAUAUCUUUCGCUUCUUAAGGGAUGCCUUGAUAGCCAGCGCAGUGCUAAGGCAAAAGAGUUUGUCAUUAGCAUAGCGGAUUCAGUUGCUGGUGGUGAAACACAAACCACUGCUGAAGCCGAGUAUUCGCUGGACACAAUUUUCAAUUCCACCAAUGGUGUAAUAUUCUUUCUUCAACGUUCCAUCAAAUCCUCCAGUCGGUUCCAGAAAGCAAAUGAAGAAAUAUUCGAUCUCUUUCGUAAGCUGGUACAGAAGCAGAACCGACUGGUUCGUAAAUCCGUUCCUGAGAUCGUUCGGGAAUGUGUUCGCUUCAUGCAAUCGUCGUCGGUUAGUGCGAGGGAACAUGAAUUGGCAACUGCUGUUCUGCAAGAUUUACUGUUGUACAAAUGUUUGGACGAGAGCCAUUAUGACAUGGGUCAACUGUUGGUGGAUGUGUUGGCCAUUUUUGACCAGCGCAAACUGACAAACCGGUUUCAGCAGAGCUUGCUUGAGCUGAUUGGAUUGUUAACAAAAGAGCACCCGGAAGCUGUAUCGGAAGAGCAACAGCGAAGAAUUUUAGAUAUUAUUAUGGCAGUGGCCGAGGGACAGUUGUUGGAAGCGAGUUACCCUUCGCUUGUUUCGCUAGCCGGUGCCUUGCAUGGAUUGAACAACUUUUUGAUUAAUUUCGCCCCCGAAGAAAAUGAUGGCGAUUCUGGCUGGUACCGACGUAUUUAUGUGCUAGUUAAAAAAUUGUCCGAUUGGGAUCAGGCCGUGCGAGAGCGGCAAGCAUUUAGAAAUGCGUUGCGCCUGGUCGAAAAUCAUGGUUCCUUAUUUUCGUAUUAUCUUUACAAUGAUUAUCACUAUUGGCAAACGAUUCUUACCACAAAGUGGAUUCACUCGACGGUGGAGGAUCGCAAAGUCGCCAUUUAUGCCCUUCACUCGUUUCAUCGCGAAAUUUCACGAGAAUUACUGCGUCGAGAAGAUCACAACGUCUCCGACGAGAGUGGUUCAACCACUUCCGCUAACGAUCGAGAAGCACGUGUUGGUGUGCUGAACUAUUUCAUGAAAUAUUUCAAAAGUGUGCUGGUAGCAUCGGAAUCGAAGCCCUUCGAGGUGCGUAUCGCGAUUCGAGGAUUUGGUUCGAUGGCGGAACCAUGCGGUAAACUUAUGUCGGAUGAAUAUAUGAACGAGCUGUUGUUGUUGGUAAUGCAGAGAACCGAAUCAGUAUAUAUGGUAGAUGAUAAAUCGAGAGAUUCGCUCGAGCAUUUACCCGAUUUCGUGCAGGCACUAUCCGACAUAAUGGGCUACGUCCGUGAGCUGUCCGGCAUUCAGUUAGCCUCAUUGCAGAACAUAGUUAUCGGUUUGAUAAGAGACUUCCAUUAUUUGAGCACAUCCCACCAUGAACUGAUUAUCAAUUCUCUAAUGAAAACCUUUGACAAUCUGAGUAAACUUGGAGGUAUGGUUUUGGAAACUUUGCUUGAUAAAGUAGUUCUGCGGGGCGUAAUUUGGAGCUGUUCGCACAUGCUGGUGGUUGAUGCCGAUCAGAACAGAUCAGCGGAAGAUAAGCCCGAUUGGAAAGAUUCUAUCACCUACAAGCACUACGUUCCGCUGUGGAAGGGUUUGCUUACGCAAGGCACUAGCCUGCUUGUGGAUAAAGGGCCCCUCAUAAAAGUGGUCUAUACGCACCUGAUGAAGAAGUUAUUUUUAAUUUUGGACAAACUGGAUUUGAGCACAAGAAAGCGAACCGUAAAGGAUGAUACCGGGGAAUUGCAGGAAUUGUUCUUCUGUGAUCCCAAUAUUGAUCUGGUUCCAGUGAAACCGAAGGAUUUUCAUAUAUUCUUUAACCUUGUUGAUCUUUAUCAAGAUCUGUUGCGGUACAAUACACAAGUCAACGAGCUCUUCGAAGAUUGGAUACCGGUUUAUUUUGAUUACAUGGUGAAAAAGUCCAUUAAACAUCCUUUGGUUAGUGGUUUUGUGAAGUUGAUUGAUUUGGGUUUGCUGCUAGCUGACGGUCUGCAGUACUUUCAGAGCAACUACUCAUUCAGCAAAGCUGCCACGACCAAUCUUCUGGUGUACUAUCUUGAACUACAAAUCGCUAAAGCACGACAUUCGACUGGCGAGCUGCAGCUAACUUGUCUACGGUUUGUGUUAGCUGCUCCGAUUGACAUACUAGAAUGUUUUCUCGAAGAUACCAACGAACUGAUCGAGGUUUUACAAAUUUCGCUCAAGCUUGGCAAGGGAAUGCUCGCCUUGGCUAACGCUGCACUAUCCUGCACGAGGCGUAUUGUCGCACAUGAUUCUCCCAUUUCGAAGGACGGCCGCGAGAAGGUGAUUGAACGAGUUCUUCCCUUGCUGGAUAGCUUCCUGCAAACACGCGAUGCUUUUCAGCAUGCAGAAAUCGUCAACAGCCGGCUGGCGAAGUUUCAGAAGAAACGAAGUGUCAACUUAACUAGCAGCAAAAUCGAAAAAAUCAAACUACAGCACGCACUGAACAGUUCUGAAACUGAAUUAGUGAAAUUUCAGCGUCGCGUUUUGUUGUUUCUCGGCGAGUUGGAACCUAAUAUGUGCACAAAAAUGAUACAGCAAGAUUUAGAAGAUGAGAGCUGUAGAGAAGAAUCCGAUAGACCAUUGGUACUGUGGGACCUGGAUUCGAACUGUAAUAUUUCUUUGCAAUUGCUCAGCAGGGUUGGGAUUCGACCAAUCAUAAAAUUGGACACAAUCAUAGCGCGUGUGUGUACGCUGGCUGUUAGCUCUAGCGAUAGGAGAACGAAGAUGGCAGCUUGUGAGCUGCUUCAUGCAUUGAUUCUGUACGUGAUUGGAAUACAGCAUCAUGAUAGAAUGAUCAAGUUAUGGACUGAGCUAUGCUCACAUAUGUUGCAGCUAAGUACCGAUUCGGACCUAGCCGUCUGCCAAAUGUUUGAACCACUGAUAUUUCAAGUUAUACACUACCUAACGCAGCCAUCGAAAAUCAAUCUAAAAGGAACGGAAGUGCUGGCGAAUCGUCUAAUGGAAUCCAUUUCGCAUCCAACGGAUACCAGCGUACGCGAUCUGGCAGCUCGCUGUAUUCGUGAGUUUCUCCUCUGGACAAUCAAACAGACCCCGGCGGGUCAGCAGAGUAGUGUCUCUAAAUCGGCCGCCAUCAAUUUGAAAGUUAUACUGGAAAAACUGAGAACGUACAGCUUGGAUUCGAACCCAAACCGGCGCCAGGGAGCAGCCCUUGCAUUUAACAAUAUCUACCGUAUUCUGCGCGAAGAGGAUGGUCAUAUUGAUCGGAGCUGGUUUGAGCUGUUCUAUGUAUUUUGUGUUAAUUUUAUGAUGACCGAAGAUUUUGACAACUCGGCUACUAAUUUGGAGCAGGUGUCAGCAAGCAUCGAUCAUUUGGUGCGAGUGCUCAUCGUGAGGAAAGAUCUUUUCAAUAAGUCGAGCACCGAAAGAACGAUUCCUGGGGCUUUUCGUGGUGGCUUACUGAAGGACUUGGUGAGCUGGUUGCUGGGGCAGUGUAGCUCGCGUGAGAUGAACUACCGACACAAAUGUAUGGAGAUUUUCCUGAAACUAGCGCCUGCUGUUGAUGGUUGCCAGUCGGGCGCGGAUUUUGUUGGAAAGUUUUUCGGAGAUGAAGAGGUUUUAGACAUAUGUGACCACGUAGGUGUCAUGCAUGGUAUACGAGAAGCACCCAAUUUGCAGUUUAUUGUUGAGAAACAUUUGCCAUUGAUCAGUAACAUCUACUUUUGGCUGGAAUAUUUGGGAUCGACGCUGGAUAUGUAUUACUGGCUGUUGAAGAAUUCUUUGCUGCAAAACGCCGAGCUGUUUCUAGCCAAAUCUAAUCUCUUUGCUACGGUGAAGUUUUUCCUGGCGACUGUAAUGAACGCGACGAUGUUCGAUUUGAUGACGAUGCUUCGGCCGGAAAUUAUCGAUGAGAGUAAUGCGAGCAUCGAAUUUCGCGUCAGCACCGAUAAGAUAAUCAAGUAUAAUCUGCAAAAGUGUACUUUAACGGUUAGAAUUAUCGACUUGCUCAUUUUGGCACUUCCCCAGCAGUACUGUCGAAGCAUCCCGGCGACAUUUUGGGAUUCAAAUGAGUUGCUGAUCUUCAUUGUAGACCUAAUUUUUGCACCCCAAAAACUCGGGUUUGAUUUUAAAUCAUGCCAAGAGACGAUCGUAAAGUUUCCUAGGAAAGUGGAGGAGCUACUGGAGAAGAUUGAGCGAUUUGAACGGGUGCAGUUUACGGAGAAGUUUCAUCAGAAUGUUUCGCAAAAGUUAGCUAACACAAUCAAGAAUAUUUCCGACCGUGUAGGUGAUUUUAUGAAACUGGAAACCGUCGGAUUGGAAGACAGUAAUUUGGUCAAGGGUGCUUCCAUGAUCGCAAAGCGAUAUUGUUGGUAUAAACAACAUUUUAGCACCCUGACCAAUAAGUUUUUAGCUGCUGCAGCGGAAAAAAUACUGCUCACUCUGUUCGAUGGCUUGAAGGAAGUCCGGUCUGGGGAGCUUUUUCAGGCAACACUCACACCUUCCGUUAAAAGGUUCUGUGCAUCUUUAUUGCGUGUUGUGUUAAGUUUGGAAUCAACGGAGGGAAUGAAUAACCUGAUAGAAUUGAUGUCCAGCAAAAGCAGGUUGAAAUUGUUCAGUCAGAGCGAAAAAUCCACAAUACUACAUGGCGACCAUUUUGGACAUACUUUUGCAGAGGUGAUUUACGAUUUCAUUGUAAGCCAAUUACCCGACAGCUUGGAAAAAAUAUUGCGCAUUUUGGGAGCUGACAACUUUUCGACAAUAAUUCGAAUGUUGUGCAAUUUUCUCGAAUACCUUUAUGAAAAGAAGCGAUCAGACAUUACUACUAUGAAGGUUGUCACCGAGCUGAUCUUGGCGGCCUGGCAGACUGUUACUGCAACAGUUUCGAAAGUGGAAAACAAGUUCGCUUCUAUUGAUUUACAACUAAUUGAGUUGAUGUCGAACGUGGCAAUGAAUAGUCCGAUUCCCCUCAGCCAAAUUGCAGGCAAAGCUGCAGGCUUUCAGCAAUGGCUGUUUGCUUUGCUUGAGAACACUCAGAGUCCUUUGGAUCUAAAAUCGAAAGCAUUGUUUCUCAUCCCGACCGUCAUCGGAGAAAUGGAUUUUGAUUCGCCAACCGUAUUAGAUGCGCUGCGGAAGUUGCAGGACCAACACUUCCCACUGCGUUCGUCGGAGUUCUUGCCAGGAAGCGUUGAAAGGAUAAGUUUUGAAUGUUGCAUCGCGGCACUGUUGGACGCAAUGGUGGUUUCACGAUCCCCGGUAAUCUUGAAAGUUGUCAUCAACGCUACGGCUGCUGACGCGAAGCAUAUUGCGGAGCAUAAAACUCGUACAGCGGUUGAACAAUAUAUGAAGAUUCAAAACAGUCAUCAGCAGUGCUAUAAUUUAAAACAGAUCUUUACUAAAUUUUGUGAGGAGUCAUUCGAGCCAAACAUUCGUAUUACCAUAUUUAGACGCUUUUUGGUAACGGCACUGAGAGUUUGUAGCACCGAAACCAUAUUAGUCUUCUAUAAGCAGAAUAUCAAAAAGAUCAACGAAAUGCUCCGUAGUAAUUAUGGACAGUUUGGUUCCGGGUGGGAAGCGGAACAAGCACUGGUGAAUCGGUUCGGUGGUUUUCUGCUGAUCGAACUGUACGUGGCAAUACUGCCCCGCGAACUGGUGAUGACUGACGAUUGUCCAGUUGCGAAAUCUUUGUACGGAGAAAGUGGCAAGACGCCAGGAAACAAAAUGAUAACCGAUUUUACGAAGAAAGCGUACGCCUCGCGGUCGGAAGUAUUUUUAACGCCUGACUCCCUGACUGCCGAGCUGUUUCGAAAGUACCAAUGCGCGGCCUACCGAGCAUUGGCCUCCAUAAUCAGUAACACAAAAGACGAUCUGCAACUGUAUAACGUUUUGCUGUUCCGUGAAAACCACGAAAAGAACGAGUUUAUUUGGAGAAAACUAAUCAACUGUUCUGACGAUAUGCUGUACAACAGUGGUAGCCAAGAGUUGGAGGAUUAUCCUAAAAUUAAAGACAAAAUUGUAUCAAUUCGAAGGCUUACCUCUACCUCCGGGAGAUCAGUCAACCGCUUUAAGUACAUUCAAACGACAAACGUAUUCGAAUCUUCGUUAAGUCAAGAUAUCACCAAGUUGGAUUUAAACUUCUCAGUGGUAAGAACGACCCAGGAAGUGGCGGCUCGAGAAGUCGAUGAACUGAGUCAGUUACAGUUGCAAAAACAAACAACCGUUGCACUCGAACAGUCGGACAUAAAUGAUCACGAAGUGAUGGCCACAAUUUGUGCCGUUAUACAGCAUAUGCAUGAAAACAAGAUCACCCCAACCGAGGGCACACGAAUUGCGCCGCCUCCGUGGAUUAAAUUUCUGGCUAGUUCUCUGCGUGAUCAACAGCAACACAAAAAUGUACGGAUAUUUUUGGUAAAAACUAUUGACAACUGUCGUCAGUGGUUGAAACCGUACGCGUCAACGCUGAUACCAUCGCUGAUGCAGGUGAUCGUAGAUGAGUGCAUUGCAUCGGAACUUAACACCUUUUUGACGGAUCUGACAGCACUUAUACUAGAGUGGAGCGAUGUUUACGAACCAAGCAGCUUGGAUGAGAUCAGUCUAGCGUCGGGGUUGGUGAAAUUCCUAAUGAGAAAUUGCUUCCACACAAGAAGGGAAGUUUUUCGGCUGAAUUUGGAGUUGGUGAAACAUUUGAUGGAACGCUGGAAAUCCGUGGUCAGUGUCCCAGUCCAACUACUUUACGAUAUGAUUGGUCCAACGCAGGAUCCGGAAUCUAUGCAGAACCUGUGCGGUCUACAGUUGAAUGCGAUUGUUAUGGCAAACGGACUUGUUCCUUGGACAGACACAUUGAAGUUCGAUUUCGUUAGAGCGAUUUUUCGCUGUCUAGAUUCGGAAAAAACUGCAGUUUACCGGCCGGCUUCGGAGCUGCUUGGUAUGUGUUUGAGCAUCCUCUAUCCUUCUGGGGAACAAACCGAGGAUGAAAGGUAUCAGAACGAAUUCCUAGCAAAACUAACAGCUAUGCGAAAAAAAGAAGACAAAAAAUUCACAGAUGUGAUCUACGGAAUCCACAAAGCCUUUCCAUCGAUUGUUGACUCAUUUCUGAUAGUUAUUUCGCAUGCUAUUCCGAGUGCAACCGGUGCUCCGAAGAAAAUUUUUCUGGAAAUGUUACUCUCACGUGUUGAAGCAUUCCGAGAACAAGUGUAUCGUGAGUUGGUUUCUCUAGAUUUGAAAGGAAUGUUGAAAGACCGCCACUAUCAGCUGCUGGCUCUGCAUCUAAUAAACAAAUCUCUACCUUUGAUGACAACUCAACACGUAGAGGAUAUGCUUGAUUCAGUUGUGGCCUUGAACAGCAGCGAUCAUUCCGAUGUUCGCGAAAUCGUCUACGAGAUUCUAAUUUUUAUCCACGAAAACUGUCGCCAAGGAUUGUCAACAAAUUGCCUGCAUAAGCUCCGGCAAGCUCUUCUAGUGGGCAUGAACGAUGUAGAUAAUGUAAUUCAAAACCGCAUGUUCGAAUUUUGGACCGAUGAGUCGCGCUUCCCGGUGGAGAUUGACGCCCGCUUCCAGCAGAUACUUGCCAGUCUUUAUGACACAUCUCAGGAGGCAAACUAUCUAGGCUACGCAACACAAAUCCUCAUUGAUUCAGCUGUGAAAAAUCCGGAAUCCAAACGGCGCAUAUUUCAGCACGAAUAUGAAACCGACGUGAAAUUGAAGGAGUACUCCAUCGACACACGUUGGCGCCAGCGAAAUUCAUUUGCGACAGCGCCCCUAUUUGUUGAGUCACAACAGCGAUACUUCACAUCGGCCGAUGGCUCCCAGAUGGAGCGACUAAUCAAAGCAACACAGUUCGGUGCCGAAGGCAAUGUGUUCGAACCGACCGUAGAUCCUUCACUCAUGAGUCAGUCGGCAACCAGUUUCACCAUUCCCACUCAAAAUUCGCUACUUUUUGAAGUAAGCCCGCAGGUUCUCGAUCGCAGAUCCCGUCGGGCGGCAGCCCCAGUGACCACCAGCAGCUCCAAAUCCUAUCAUAAUCUGCGUAGACGUAUUCUCAAAGACAGGGAUCGCACUGCGCGCGAUCAAGCCUUACAAGCCAUCGAGCGUCAUAGUUAUGAAACUGUCCGCAAAGCGGAAAGUCACAAAAUGAAACAAGGCGAAGUUGUUCUUUAUCGUCGUUAUAGAAUCGGAGAUUUCCCCGAUUUGUUAAUUAACAGUCUGGCCUUACUGCUUCCGUUGCAAGCCCUAUGUCGACGUGACGCAGUUCUUGCACGACAGGUAUUUGUUGCAAUCUUUUCCGGUAUCCUAGACGAGUGGGAACAGAACGAACUUCCGAUCAAUGAACCGAUUCAGGCUAUAAGUGAAUCAAUACAGAAAAUUCUUUCGGAAACUAAGAGCUGUGAUCCUAACUUAUUCGGGGCACUGAUCGAGGUGGCAAUGAAACGACCAAAAAUGUUUGAUCUCGCCGCGGAUAGUGUGACUGCCGUUGCCUGCGGAGCGAACAUGAUGACCAUGGGUGUACUUUACUUGGAGAAUAAAUUGCACGAGUAUGAUUUUCCGGAUCGGCCUUUCGAAAAGCGCUCCCCGUCCAUUCCAUCAGAGGAGCUGCACUGGAUCAAGCUAGCUGAGUUGUGCUAUGUGUUGAACGAAUAUGACGUAUUAGCGGAUAUUUUCUCGGACAAAAUGGGCAGCGAUACACGGCUGAAGAAAUCCAUCGAACUGGAAAGUAAUGGGAACUUUUAUAAAGCGCGCGAAUUGUACCUCCAAAUGAUACGUGAUAAUGAAAGUCGCAUAGCGGAACGAAAUUUUUGUUACCAGUCCUACUUCAACUGCUACGCGCAGAUGGGUAUGUGGGAGGAUCUUAUUGUCGUUCUGGAACAGCAGAUAGAAGGAAAUGCAGAAGAACUGUGGACGGACGAAUGGAAUAUGGAGAAUAUUUUACCAAAGUACUUCCAUGCCAAUACGCGACUGAAUUUAAACGGUGAUGAGAAAGGUCGAGACUUCAUCUUGCUCUUGGAAACUUGGAUGCGCAACUCGGAGCGAGCAGAUCAUAUUAAAUUCAAUUUUGGCGAGGACAUAACCAUGCUGCAGCUCGCCAGUGGUAAGCAUUCCCGCGCUAAACUAUAUUCCGAUCAAGUACUGCGCCAUUAUCUACAAGAAUGGAGCUAUCUGGAUGUUCUAUCCGACAAACUCAGAAAGCGGAAACUGCUUGACAUACACAAAUUAUCGGAGAUCCAUGCAUUCAGCGAUUUACUGGGAAAUACACUACAAGAUGUGAGUUUGAAAAAAUUGGUGGCUAACUGGCAAAACUCUAUGCCUUCCGGUUCCGACGAUCUAAUCGUUUGGGAUGCGCUUCUUGCAUAUCGGAAAUUCAUACUGGUCCAAAUAGAAACCAGGCUGGAAACAACGGCCGACGAUAGGUUGCUGAGGACCGAUUUCGUAAAACAGCUCACGGGGGCAAUUUUCAACACGGAACUUCGUUUGUUGGAUGCUUCGUUCGAGCAGAAUAACUUCCGUUUUUCCAGAAAGAUCAUUAAACGACUGGAGAUGCUGGCGGAUGAGCAGAAUGAAACCGGAUACCGUUGGAGGAUUGCUUUUCAUAAAAUGAAAAGAAUAUGUGAUUCCGAAUUGGGAGAUGAUUUGAAAGCAACAGCACAAAAACUGGUGAAAAAUUGGGAACGCCUCCGAGCUGUUAUAGAAGACGGUGGUUUGUCGCAGUACCGCGAUGUAAAAAUAGAAGGCCUGCGAGAACUGUACUGUAUGUCGGAGGCGAUGAAGGGUAUUUUGCGCGAAGAUCCCGGGGUAGAAGAUGACCGCAUCAGGAGAUCAAUACCGCUUGCAGGACAAGGGCCACUAGAAGAAAAACUAAAUAAAUAUUCGUUGGAAUGUCUUCAAAAUGCGGUUAGUGUGGCAAAUGACGCUGAAUUGGACAGCAGCUCUGUUGAGUUUAAGCAAAAUGUAGUUUUGGCGGACUGUUAUUUCAAACUUGCGCAGUAUUGCUAUGAUGGACUUGAGCAUGAACCGCUUGGAGAGACCCUCGAUCUGGAGCGCCAGCUAAUCACGUCCCUCCUGGCAGCUAUGCAGCACGGAUCCCGACCAGCCCGGCAGCUGUUUCCAUGUUUGCUCCAGCUUCCCAACUUGCAGAACGGUUCACUGCAGCAGUGCUUCGGUGAUGCUAGUGCUGCCGUCCCGGAGUGGAUGUUUUUGCCAUGGAUUCCGCAGAUACUCUCACAUGUCGAUUUCGCCGCGGAAUCUUUCCUCGGAGAUCUUUUGAUUCGCAUUGCCAUCAGCUACCCGGUUGCCUUGUAUUAUUCAGCUAAACUCGCGUAUGGUAAUUUUUGUAAACGGGCAACGGGAUACGCCGAAAGUCGAUUUGCUUCUAAGUUGAUGCGGCUGUUGAACAUACCGAACAUGGACCGCUUUACCGGUGAGCUAUGCCAUAUCCUCAUCCCUGGUAUGAAGGUGUGGAAGGGUGCAUCCGACAUGCUUGUUAAAUUAUCUACAGUGACGGAGAUACCUAACACGAUGCAAUUCCAUGCACUCAUUACGGAAAUGAUGCAUAAUAUAUUUCCAGAGACCGAAGAGAACCUUGGUCGAGAGCAUCAGAAAGUUUUUCCACUUAAAGCGGAGUGGCUGAAAUUGUUGGAUUAUAAUUGUGAAACACAGAGAAGCGAGAUUUGGAAGCAGCUAGAUUAUAUACGGAAAGAGGCUGAGAAAUUGUUUCCUAAACCCAGCUCGCUUCAGUUGAGUAGAUUUUCUCCCUGGCUGGCAGAGUAUCAUUUUAGUGAUCGAGAGGAAAUGCUGGAGCUACCAGGACAGUAUAACGUAGACCGCAAGCCGAAUGUUACGAAUCACGUGAAAAUCGUUAAGAUAUGUCAGGUGUUAGAAAUAUACAAGACGCUACGAAAACCGAUUCGAAUACAGAUAAUCGGAAGCGAUGGGAAAACGUAUAGUUUUCUAGUUAAAUAUGGCGAAGAUCUGCGUCAAGAUCAGCGCAUUCAGCAAUUGCUAGGUACCAUAUCUAAGCAGCUAUCUUGGGAUCAACAUUGCAAGGAGCAUCAACUGUCGGUGAGAACAUACGAAGUCGUACCGAUUAGGGACGAUUUUGGGAUUAUUGGAUGGAUUCCGAAUACUUCUUCGUUAAAGAAUGUUGCUGUUCGAGCAAUGAUACGCUUCAAUCCGGAAGGAGAUGUAUCUAAUAACAUCAAUCAGGAAUACGGACGGUUUCUGACGCAGAUUGCUGGGGUUCCAAUGGACCGCUUAUCGGUUGUUUACGGAAUGGUUGCCGCUGCUAGCACUCCGGAAAAGCUCAUGCUAAAAUUCAACGAACUUCGCUACAAAAUUAAAGAGGACACCUUGAAACGGGCCCUGUUCGAGAUGGCCGUUUCGCCGGAGUCGUUCUACAGCUUGCGGGCUAACUUUGCCAAAAGUCUGACGGCGAUGAACAUUUCCUGUUGGAUACUCGGUAUCGGUGACAGACAUACCUCGAACUUAUUAAUCGAUCGUAGCAACGGGAAGUUGGCCGGUGUAGAUUUCGGCAUUGCAUUCGGAGCUGGCACCCGGGACCAGCCGGUUCCGGAAAUGGUUCCAUUCCGGUUAACACCGCAGUUUGUCAAUGUGAUGGAACCGAUGCGAACUUCCGGCUUGAUGCACAAAUGUCUGGUUUAUAGUUUGGCUUGCUUGAGAAACUCAAAAAAACUACUCAAAUCGGUACUGGAAGUUUUCGUACGCGAACCAACCCUGGACUGGCUAGAAGCAGCUCGCCGUGGGUUUAACCAAGAUGCUACUAAGAACGUGCUCUGUUGGGACCCGCAAACACGCAUCAACGUCGCCAUAAGGAAACUGAAUGGGGCCAACCCGAAGGUGUUGAUAGCUGAAGAACUUCGACUUGGUCAGGUCGCUCGUAAUCAGGAUUAUUUGAAUGGCUAUCUAAAGCUGCUCGAGCUGGAGAAGUUCCCCCUGGCGGAGAGUAAUUUAUCAGUUGAACAGCAAGUGCACUGUUUAAUCCAAACUGCAACAAGUGGGUCGAUUUUAGGAAUCGCCUACGUUGGGUGGUUUCCAUGGUUCUAGGUUUAACGAAAAGUUAUGUUUUUGUUUUGAAAAUAAAUUCUUGUUAUUUGUCCAUUCAAAA